GCUGUAAUUCCUGCUGUUGGGGAGAAGCGGAAGGACCGCUACAAAUUCAAGGUCAGUGUGCGCCUUAGAGCGAAGUCCAGGCAAAAGGGGCGGGGCGGGCCACAGGUGGCUGCUGGGGCGGAGCCAGCGCUGCUCCGUGACGUCACAGGCUCCCUCCCGUGAGCCCUUGCGGCCAGCGUUCCCGCGUUCUUCAGGGUAGGGGUUUGGGCGCAUCAUGCCUGCCUGCCGAGCGCAGGCGUCUGCCUCCGAGCAAGCCUGGCUUGAGGCUGCCCAGACCUUCAUUCAAGCCACCCUUUCCCCAGCUGGCAAGGAGCCUAAUAUACAGUUGACUCAGUCAGUAAUCGAUUGUGUGAAGGAGACGUGGCUGUCCCAGAGGGAGAACCAGGAUUUUACACUGCCCCUGAACUACAGUUUUGUCUCGGUGCAGAACCUCCAGACCCACCAGCGCCUGCCAUGCUGCAGCCACUUGUCCCGGAGCGGCCAUGCUCACCAGGCUUGGUCCCAGGGAGCUGGGCCAGGGGCCAGUCUCCUGCCCCGGGAGCCGCUGUUACUUCUGGGGACGCUAAUAAACCUGUCUGAGGAUUUGGAACAGGAGUGCAGGAGUGGAAGCCUGUAUGUGAGAGACAACACUGGAAGCGUGGGCUGUGAGCUUACAGAUCUAGACCUUUCUUGGUUGGGCCAUCUCUUCCUGUUCCCCAGUUGGAGUUACCUCCCUCCUGCCAAGAAGAAUUCCUUGGGGGAAGGGCACUUGGAGCUGUGGGGUACCCCCGUGCCAGUGUUUCCUUUGGCUGUCCGUCCUGACCCUCUCACGCCAAUCCCUGUCCUCUACCCAGAAAAGGCGUCCUGCCUGCUCAGAUACAGAAAGAAGCACAAAGUAAAGGAGCCAAAUCUGGCUGGGAAACUGGUCCGUCUGAGUGCCCUGGUGAUAACUCAGAACAAAAGGUACUUCGUCCUGACACUUGGUGAAUUAUCCCACGCUGAGAGCCAAGCCGGCAGCCAGGUGUCGGUCAUUGUACAGAUUCCUGCCCAGAUGGUGUGGCACCGAGUCCUUCGGCCUGGUAGGGCCUAUAUACUGACAAAAUUGCGAGUAACCAAGACCCGAGGUCGCCGUUACUCUAUUUGGACAACCAUUCCAUCUUCGGAUCUGGUACCGCUGAGACCAGAUUAUGUACAAGAGCUGGAGCUGGACAUAAGGUUCUUGGAAGCUGACCUUAUACCACUUCCCCAGCCCACGAACUCCAAAGACAGCGGCAGGCAAGAAGGUCUUUUCCGGAAUUCCAAAAUCUUACAUUAUUUGGGGACAGUCACUGAUGUGUUGAAUGAGUCUGCCAGCCUCUACAUUCUAGAUGGGGAGCUGAUUCUCUGCCUGGCAUACCAGCAUAUCCGUGGCCUCAGGCGGGUGAUUCGACCAGGGGUCCGUCUGGAGCUCCGAGAUGUUCAUCUCCUCCAGUCAGUGGGUGGAGGAACAACAAGACCCGUCCUAGCACUCUGCCUCCAUGGCACCCUGCUUCUUCAGAGCUUUUCUCCUCUUAAGCCUGAAAGUUUGCCACCCUUCAAAGUUCGUGGUGCCUCCUUGUAUGAGCAACUCGUGUGGGAACGUCAGCUAGGACUUCCCUUAUACUUAUGGGCUACCAAGGCGCUGGAGGAGCUGGCCUGCAAGCUGUGUCCCUAUGUGUUGAGAUACCACCAGUUCCUGAGGCAUUCCUCUCCUGGGAACCCCAGCUUGGCACUGCAGCUCCUGGCUCCCUCCUGGGAUGUUCUUAUUCCACGUGGCACCCCCGUUCGGCAUGCACACAGUGAGCUCCUGGAAGAGCCACAUCACUGUCCCCAUCAGAAAUACACUCAGGUGCAGACCCCCUGCUCCUUCCCUACAUUACUCGACCUGGCAGAGGAAGGGCAGCGCAGGGCUUGGGCUGCCUUUGAUCCAAAGGCCCUUCUGCCUCUCUCAGAAGCUGCCCACCUGACCAGCUGCCAACUGAAUCGCCACCUAGCCUGGUCCUGGUUCUGCCUGCCAUCCUGUGUGUUCCAGCCAGCCCAGGUUCUCCUUGGGGUGCUGGUGGCUUCAUCUCAUACAGGUUGUCUGCAACUUCGGGACCUGAGAGCUUCACUGCCCUGCAUGCCCUUGACUGAGAAUUCGCAGCCCCUCACUGACCCAAAGCUUAUAGGCUGCCUGGUGCGGGUGGAGAAGUUCCGGCUGGUGGUAGAGAGAGAAGUCAGGAGCAGCUUCCCUUCCUGGAAGGAGCUGGACGUGGCAGGCUUCAUCCAGAAGAAGCAGGCCAGAGUCUAUGUCCAGUUCUUCCUGCCUGACGCUCUGAUCCUGCCUGUGCCCAGACCCACCUUUGAUUCAGAGUCACCUCAGACCGACCCCUCCUGCCCAGAGGAACCCCGUGUGGGACAGAGCCGUCUAUUCUUGCUGUCCCACAAGGAGGCCCUCAUGAAACGUAACUUUUGUGUCCUUCCGGGAGCCAGAUUACGGCCCCCGAAGCCCACCCUGAGUUUCUAUGUGUCAGGAACUUGGCUUUGUGGCACACAGAGGAAGGAGGGAUCUGGAUGGGGCCCACCUGAGUCUCUAGGAGUUGAGAACAAGGAUCAAAAGGUCUCCCUCAUCUUCCUUGGCUCUUCAGUUCGAUGGUUUCCAUUCUUGUACCCAAACCAAGUCUACCGCCUCGUGGCUCCCGGCCCCUCACAGACACCAAUGUUGUUUGAGACAGAGCGUUCGUCUGGCCCAUCUCAGCGUCCUCUGGAACUGGCUGGCACACAGUCUUGCCUCACUGUCCAAGAGGAGUGGACCCUGGAACUUGGGAGCUCUCAGGACAUACCUAAUGUACCAGAGAUCUCCAAAGCACUGCCUGAGUCCUCGCUGACCCACCUGCUUAGUGACAACAUCUCCAAUUCCUUGGUGUCUUUCUCUGCUGAAAUUUUGUCUCGGAUACUGUGUGAACCACCUCUGGCCCUUCGCCGGAUAAAGCCUGAGAAUGCCGGGGCUGUUAAAACGGGCGUGAAGCUAACGGUAGCUCUAGAAACGGAUGACUGUGACUAUCCCCCUCACCUGGACAUAUAUAUCGAAGAGCCACACUUGCCUCCCCAAAUAGGACUCCUCCCAGGAGCCCGAGUCCACUUCAGCCAGCUGGAGAAGAAGAUUUCCAGAUCCAACAUUGUUUACUGUUGCUUCCGGCCAUCCACUUCCGUGCAGGUCCUGAGCUUCCCCCCAGAGACGCAAGCCAGGGCGCCCCUGCCCCACAUCUACCUGGCUGAACUUCUCCAGGGUGGCCGGGGGCCCUUCCAGGCCACUGCCUCUUGCCAUGUUGUUUUUGUCCUGAGCCUUCAGAUCCUGUGGGUGUGUGCCCAUUGCACCAGCCUUGCCCCCCAGGGGAGGUGUAGUCGGCAGGACCACAACUGUCCAGCUCAGACGGCUAUCAGCCAGGCCAGUAUCAGGCUCUUGGUAGAAGACGGCACUGCGGAGGCCACAGUGACCUGUAGGAAUCACCACGUGGCAGCAGCACUCGGGCUGAGUCCUAGUGAGUGGACCUCGGUCCUCGAGUGUGCACGGAGGCCAGGGAGAGUGGCCUUGCAGUUUACAGGCCCGGGGGCCCCGACAGAGUCUCCAAGCAAAACCCAUGAACCCUUGGCCCUGUUCCUCCGGACACUCUGUGGCAGCCCCUCUGUCCUCCGACCUAUUAAGCUUUCUUUUGCACUUGAGAGGAGACCCUCUGAUGUCACCCCACUAGAACCGGCCCGGCUGCAGCAGUUCCAGUGUGGAGAGCUCUCCCUGCGGACCAAAGUGAACCCCAGGCCCCGACUGCUCUGCCUCUCCCUCCAGGAGCCGGAGCUCCCCGCCGCUCCCUCUUGACGGAACUCCAGAGGUGGUCGGUCUCAGUGCUCCAGGACGCUGCAGUCGGAGCUGCAGUCGGAGCUGCAGUCGGAGCUGCAGUCGGAGCUGCGGCCGCUGUCCUCUGUAGUUAACCCUGAGAACAGCCAACCGCAGCCGAUGGCGGGUUUCCCUCAGGUCGGGGUAGGCGGCCCGCGCCCCUAGGUGCCCUGAGUGCGUGGGGUCUGCCAUGUGUGGGGAGCAGAGCAAGAACUUGUCCCUACGACCGUGUGUGAUCGGCCUUGGGGCCGCAAUAAACCGCUCUGAGGCCUUG